AUGGAUCAAGAACAUACUUCGUCUUGGCCUUUUCAACCCCCUCAUGGACUUGAAAAGAUUCCUUACACUUCUUCAUCACUUCCUGUAUCCAAUCCUCUCACAUUCUCUGCUUCUAAAUCAGAUUCAUCAUCUAAUGAAACUGAACUAUGGCUGUUUCGAGUCCCAAUGCAUUUUAAAAUAGAUGAUUUGGAAUCAGUCAAUAUUUCUGAAACAAUCACUACAGAACCUAUUCAAUCCAAGUCCUCAAAAGAUCAUUCCACCUACAAUAUGAUUCAACUCUUACCCAACACAAACCCAGAAACACACAUGAAAUUGGUAGAUGUAGGUGAAAUGGCAACCAUGUCAAUUCUACAUCCUUCAGAUGUGCAUCAAGGUAUGCGUGUGGGAAAAAGAGCAUUUGAUCGGAUUGUGCAGAUUGUACCAAGUCAUCGAGUUGAUCCAGUAUUGCAAGAAGAUACAUUGAUCAAUCAAGGUCUCAAGGCUUUGGAUGUACCUUAUACUCCACGAACUCCAAAAACCGGACUCGAAUUGCAAUCAUUGCCAUUUGGGUUUCAUUCUGGUGAACGGCUGGUCAAGAUUUCCAAAAAAAGAUCUGCACAUUCAUCAUCAUCAGUAUCUGAAACAGCCACUUUACCUAUAAAAAUCAAAUCUAAAGGUGUAACCCCUUCCAAGAGCAACCCCAAAGUUAAAAAGUCCAAAAAAACUGAAUAA